AAUGUCCUCUGGAAGUAGCAAAUGUUUCAACUCUUCCCAUUGAUGUUUUGAAAGAGGACAUUGUAUUUGCCAUUAAGAAGAGGCUUCCAGACUUGGAUAAUGUGUGCUUGACUAAAAAUGCAACUUACAAUGGCCUUAACUUCAGGAAUGGAAUGAUCCUUACACAUGGCUCACUGGCAGGACUGCCUGAAUUUACUGAAAUACUCCAGAUGCUUGUUGUCAAGGAUAAGCUAUUUUAUAUUGUCAGAAAGCUGAGUGCAUGGUACAGGGAACAUUACAGAGCAUAUCAACUGGAAUCGUGCCCUACAAAGGAGCAAGAACUCCUUGACCCAAAUGAACUGACAGAUCCAUACCCACUGGUGGACUAUGCAGUUGGGGGAGUGCGGCUGAUUACUCUCAAAAGAUACAUACAUAUUUAAGGGCACAAUGGCAGAUACAGUACCUGUUCGACUGCUGGUCAUCUUGGAUGAAGGCAACAGUGUGAGAAUGGAGCUACGCAAUGGGAUUCCCAACUCUGUGGACGAGCUCUUUGAGGAAGUCAAGAAUGCAUGUGGAUUAGGGGGAUACAUAAGGCUACAGUACAAGGACACCGAUUUUGGGAACAUGUUUGUGAAUCUGACGUCUACAACUGUCAUUAAGGAUCUUACAGUUGUCAAAGUUAUCCAAUUAGACCACAAUUCCACAACUAUCUUGUAUCCAGUUCAUUCCCCAGCGAGUAACAUUUCUCAAGUUGGUCUGGACAGUGAUGACUCUUUUUGCUCUUCAAAUACAGAUGACACUAUACUGCUUAGCAGCUCUUCUUCAGACUCUUUAAGAACACAGCAGUGGCCAAAAUCAUUCCCAAUCCCAACUUUUUCCUUUGACACAGAAUCUCAACUAGAACAGGGAAAUGCAGAGUACACGAAAAGCCAAUCUUGACUGACAGUCAGCUCAAGAAUGCUUUCUGACAUACUGGAGAAACUGGCUGAAACAAUUUACAUAUACAAAGCAUACCCUACAGAUGCCGACUUCAGCGAGGUUGCUGUGGCACUGACAAAGACGCACCCCUGCCUGAGAGAACCAGGGUCUUUCAAUGAAAGCUAUGGAUGGAAACAAAGAAUCAAGAUAAAAAUGGCCAACUACCGUAGUCUGCUUAAGGCACAUGGCACAGCUUCCGAACUCACUGUGAAUUCUUUGAAAUCCAAGUCUCAAGAGGAGGCCUACCCAGCAAAGAAUUUAAAGAGACCUAGACGGGCUGAGGUUAACCAUUUCCCACCCUUACCAAGUGGUGAGACUCCUGAAAGCCUGGAACAAGAGAGGAUUUCUCUUUUGGCAGAAUUACAGAAAAGAAACAACCGACAAACCAUAAAAGAAAAGAUGGCAAAGACAUUUGAUUACCGGAGACAAGAAAUAGUACACAAGAAGCCGAACAUUGAAGACAUCCUGGAAAGAUGGCCUGCACUUUUUCAGAUGGAAGAGAUCAAUGCGGAGUUCAUGCGGAUUACAACCAUUCCUUUAGAGACAAAGUUCUUGGCGCAGUUGGACAAGUACUCCCCAAAGCUACUGAAGGUCAUCAGGAGCAAGGGUGGACUUGUGAAAGAAAAGGCCACCAGGACCUUGCAGGUUUUAGAUGAGACAGUGGACAUCAACAUCAGAAGAGAAUGCAUCCUCAAAUUGGUGAUGAUUUACCUUGGUGAACCUGUUGACCAUCUUAUCAAAGAAUUCCAGGAAAGUGAGGCUGAAGAAUUGGAACAGACAGCCAUGGCAAUCUUCAUCGUUGAGAAAGAGGAUCCUUUCCAUCAACCCAAAGAUCUGAAGAUCGUCAUUGAAGGAACAGCAGUCCUAAAUGAGUUGCCCUCGGUUGCAACAGCUUUUGCCAUGUUCUUCGGGCUGGUAUAUGUGCUCAACCUCAAAUAUCCAAAAAAAGCUCAAUUCACUUUUGAGUUUGUGCAGAAAGUCCUGAUGGCACUUGAUGGGAAAAAGAUGUCCCCAAGAAUUCACAGACUGAGUACCUUCCUGCACAGCUCGGAGUAGGCACAGCCUACUUACACUGACUUGCUGAGAGCUCAAGUUUUGAUACUUUUAAAAGAUGCACUUGUUUGACUUCUUUUUCACUGCAGUAUUUUCAAAAAAGCCUGUCCACAUUUAGAGAGAGAACUUUUCAUGGGCCAAAAUAGACCAUGUGUCCACAAACGGUGUGUAAAGGUUGCUUAUUUUAGACUCUGGAUCUUUUUGUUUGGAGUUUUAAUUUACAGGCCUUCAUUUCCACUGCAGCAUUGAAAGACUGUCAGUUUCACAGGCCAAAGUAGGCCAUCUGUUCAAAAAAUGUCUAAAACUGAAAUUUAAAACAUUGGACUCUUUUUAUAAGAGGUUUACAUUUGGAGGUUUCAAUUACAUUGCUGUACUAACACACAACUCAAAGUUCAGAUACUACCACUCUCAAAGGCCAAAGUAGGCCAUGGGUGCUUGAAAAAUGGUCUAAAGCGAGACUUUGGAUCCUAAUCCUCAUAGUUUCCUCGGGUGGUCACUGGGGAGGUUAACAUACUUUGACACUAACAAAGUUGAAAGCAUUAGCUAAGUUGGCUGAGUAAUAUUGUUAGUAGUGUUCACUUGAUAAAGUUGCAUUGAGAGUUGAAGUUGGCAGUUAGGAUUUAGGAUCCUCACUUAUGUUCGGAGGUGUUUACUGCUAUAAGUUAGACACUGUUGUGGUGUCUUGUUAUCACUUACUACAGAGCAGCUCCAAAAUGUCUCUCCAUUAUGUUUUGUCUGUUUAGCUAAAGGAGUGUUUUGGUUAUAAAGUUGAAACAGAUAUACAAUAUUGUGAAUAUGUAGUCUUGUUUUACUCUAAGAAGAAAUGUGUUCUGGAAGGAAAAACUUUCCAAAGUAAGCAUUGCAAAUUUUUGUCCUUGUUCACUAAAAGAUUUUUUGUGUGAGCUAACUAUGGUUCUUAUAGUGGUUGGUAUUUUCUCCCUGCUGCACACCCUGCCCCGUACCAAGGUCAGAGUACC